GUGUGCUGUGGCGGGAGAUUACAGCAUGGCGGUGCAACCUAAACAAAAACUGUCCAUGGACAGUGCUUCUGAAAAUUUAUUUCUGAAAUGUUAUUUUUCUAUGCCUGAAAAGCCAGACACCACCGUGAGGAUAUUUGAUCGAAACGAUUACUAUACGGUGCACGGAAAAGAUGCGCUUUUUGCAGCCAAGGAGGUUUUCAAGACGAAUGGGGUCAUCAAAUACCUGGGCACAGGAAAGAACAGGUUGGAGGGUGUGGUCCUCAAUAAAUCGAAUUUUGAAACAUUUGUGAGGGACCUGCUGUUGGUCAGACACUACCGAGUGGAAGUUUACAGGAAUGCCAGUAAAAGCAGCAAAGAUCAUGACUGGCAGUUAGUUUUCAAGGGAUCUCCAGGAAACUUAACCCAGUUUGAGGAGAUUUUAUUUGGUAGUGGAGGACCAGGAGAGGCAGCUGCUGGUGUCGUUGGUGUCCGUCUUGGCAAUGGAAGUGAUGGACAACGUGUUGUUGGUGUGGGAUAUGUGGACUCCACCCUCAGAAAACUUGGUGUGUGUGAGUUCCCGGACAAUGAUCAGUUCUCCAAUCUGGAGGCUUUACUUGUGCAGAUCGGACCCAAAGAGUGUGUGCUGCCUGGAGGAGAUGCAGGUGGAGACCUUGGAAAGCUCAAACAGGUAGUACAGCGUGGUGGUGUUCUGCUCACGGAAAGAAAGAAAUCAGAGUUCAUAACCAAAGACAUUGUGCAGGAUCUGAAUCGGCUACUAAAGGCCCGUAAGGGAGAGACUGUGUCCAGUGCUGCACUUCCUGAGAUGGAUAGACAGAUUGGCAUUUCUUGCUUGGAAGCAGUCAUCAAAUACCUGGAACUCCUAUCAGAUGAGGGUAAUUUUGGUACCUUUAAGAUAACCACCUUUGAUCUCAACCAGUACAUGCGUUUGGAUCAUGCUGCUGUGCAAGCCCUUAAUCUCUUCCAGGGUUCCUCUGAGGAUAAAACAGGCACUCACUCUCUGGCAGGUCUUUUAAACAAAUGUCGUACCCCGCAAGGACAGCGGCUUGUCAACCAGUGGAUCAAACAGCCUCUUAGAGACAAAAACAAAAUAGAUGAGAGAUUAGAUCUUGUUGAAGCUUUUGUGGAAGACUCCGAGCUGAGGAAGAGCUGUCAAGAGGAUCUCCUCCGUCGUUUUCCAGAUUUGAACAGACUGGCGAAAAAGUUUCAGCGUCAGAGCUGUAAUUUACAGGACUGUUACCGUGUCUACCAAGCUGUUGGGCAACUGUCCGGACUGGUUUUGGCUUUGGAGAGAUACAGUGGAAAUCAUCAGGUCCUCCUGCAAGCAGCGUUCAUCUCUCCCUUCAAUGACCUCAUAUCUGACUUCUGCAAAUUUCAAGAGAUGAUUGAAACUACAUUAGAUAUGAACCAGAUUGAGCAUCAUGAGUUCCUGGUAAAACCUUCCUUUGAUCCCACGCUAAGUGAGCUCCGAGAGAGCAUGGACGACUUGGAGAAAGCUAUGCAGGCCGCCUUAAGCAGCGUGGCUCGUGAGCUUGGGCUGGAAGCAGGUAAAACCAUAAAGCUGGACUCCAAUGCCCAGAUCGGUUACUUUUACCGAGUCACAUGCAAAGAAGAGAAAAGCCUUCGCAACAACAAGAAAUUUACAACUUUAGAUGUUCAGAAGAAUGGGGUGCGCUUUACAAACAGUAAGCUGAGCUCUUUGAAUGACGAAUACACCAAAAGCAGGGAAGAGUAUGAAGAGGCUCAGAAUGCCAUCGUCAAAGAAAUUAUCAGCAUCGCCUCUGGAUAUGUGGAUCCAGUGCAGACUCUGAAUGAGGUGAUAGCUCAGCUGGAUGCAGUUGUGAGCUUUGCCGUUGUGACCCAUGCUGCUCCAGUGCCUUACGUAAGGCCCAAAAUACUUGAGAAAGGAUCAGGCAGACUCAUUCUGAAGGCAUCAAGACAUCCUUGUGUCGAAGCCCAAGAUGAUGUGGCUUUCAUUCCUAAUGAUGUCACUUUCUCAAGGGAUAAAGAGAUGUUUCAUAUCAUCACAGGACCGAAUAUGGGUGGCAAGUCCACUUACAUCCGUCAGGUGGGCGUAAUUGUCCUGAUGGCACAGAUUGGCUGCUUUGUGCCAUGUGAUGAGGCAGAACUAAGUGUGGUGGACUGCGUGCUCGCUCGAGUAGGUGCAGGGGAUAGCCAGAUUAAAGGAGUGUCCACCUUUAUGGCUGAGAUGCUGGAGACUGCUGCUAUCCUCCGAUCAGCAACAGAGGACUCUCUCAUUAUUAUUGAUGAGUUGGGCAGAGGCACAUCCACAUAUGAUGGCUUCGGUCUUGCCUGGGCAAUCUCAGAGCACAUAGCCACCCGCAUCAAGUCUUUCUGCCUGUUUGCCACUCACUUUCACGAGCUGACAGUGUUGGCACAGCAGGUCCCCACUGUGCGUAAUCUCCACGUCACUGCCUUGACCACAGACAACACUCUUACAAUGCUCUACAAGGUCAAACCAGGUGUAUGUGACCAGAGCUUUGGGAUUCAUGUGGCAGAACUCGCCAACUUCCCCAAGCAUGUGAUUGCUAAAGCACGGGAGAAGGCUAUGGAGCUUGAGGAGUUCCAGGAUUUCUCAAGAGUUGAAGAGGGGUCAGAUGCUGGACCCGAAGCCAAAAAACGCUGCCUUGAAAAACAGGAGGGGGAGAAGAUCAUUGAAGCCUUUUUGGCUAAAGUUAAAGCACUUCCUGUCGAUGGCAUGACUGAUGAAACUGUCAAAAAGGAGCUACGCAAGUUGCGGGCAGAGGUCAUUGCCCAAAACAACAGCUUUCUCAAUGCGAUAUUGUCACAUAUUCACAAAGUCAAAUAGGGUCAGCUUUAGGGUGAAAACAAGUCUGAUUUGUGUAAAAUUAUUUCUGGUAUGAUGGAAAUCCAUAUAAUCUAAAGUAGAUUAGAAAAAGUGUUCCAUGUAAUAUACCAUCUCUGUCUUCAGGGUUUUUUGCUGCAGGAGUUGUGCAUGCAGAUUAUUGUCUUGUAUUUUUGUUUUGUCUUUGAUAAAUACUAUUUCAGUAAAAAAAUG